GCCGAAGUCGGUGAUAUGUGUCGCGCUGGCUCCCGGAGCCUCGAUGACCUUGACCCCGCGAGCAUGAAGCAUCCAUCGAGGUCAGUGGGUCUCGAGGUUGCUAUGGCGCUCUUCGGCAUGGUUUGGCUGUUGCGCGUCCGGUCUGAGAUGCGUCGUUGCUCGAAAUGUCGACACGAGGAGAUGCUUGCACAGCAGCAACAACAGCAUCAGCAGCAAGUGCAACAGCAGCACCAUCAUCAUCAUCAUCACCACCAGCAUCAUCAGCAACAACGUACUUUAUCGCAGGCCACUAGUCUGCUGCAGACAAUGUCCGAUGACGGUGUUAGCUCUUCCGCCAACACUCUGUUCACAUUGGACACUCCUGGAGCGGCUGGCCCGGCCGGAAGUUACUGCGAAGUGCACGGAUAUGUUCAGGCGAAAGAAGAUAUCCAGGAGUUUUAUGAGCUGACGCUGCUCGACGAGUCUAAAUCGGUGCAGCAGAAGACUGCGGAGACGAUCCGCAUCGCGGAUAAAUGGGAAGCCAGCGAUGGGCCAAUCACGCCGACCUUCGCCCAGAAUGACGAUGGUCCAGCCACCGUUCUGCCGUUGACCCAGACUCUAUCGAACAUUUAUGGCCGCAGAUCGGCCAGUCCCGAUGUUCCAGGCACCGAUGUAAAUCAGAUUCAGAAAACAAGAUACGAUAAUGCAGGGGUGGAGGAACAAUUGCCGCCACCGCCUUCGCCGCCACAGUUAAAAGAAGCGGCUCAACUCGAUGGAGUUCCUAGACCGAAUUCAGUCGACCGUAUCCUUCAUUCUGACGGUAUCCAGCACGUCAGCCAUGAAGCACUCAACAAGAGUCACGACAGCUGGCAGGGACAUGAUAGUGACCAGGCACACACUCCUCUUCUCGCGGCCGACACGAGACACGUGAAUGGCGAUGAUGACUGGGAGUACGAGGAGAUCGUUUUGGAGCGGGGAGGGGCGGGUCUAGGUUUCAGUAUCGCCGGCGGCACCGACAAUCCGCAUUACGGCAACGACACUGCAAUUUACAUCACUAAGCUCAUACCGGGCGGCGCCGCGUCCGCGGAUGGCCGCCUGCGUGUCAACGACACGAUACUGCAGGUGAACGACGUGUCUGUCGUCGACGUACCGCAUGCGGCCGCCGUAGAUGCGCUCAAGCGGGCCGGCAACACCGUCAAACUGUAUGUACGUCGACGGAGACACACUCAGCUAAUGGAGAUCGAGCUUAUCAAGGGUAACAAGGGCCUCGGCUUCAGCAUUGCCGGCGGUAUCGGCAAUCAGCAUAUACCGGGCGACAAUGGGAUUUACGUAACCAAAAUCAUGGACGGUGGUGCUGCUCAGGUAGACGGUCGUCUCGUUGUCGGUGACAAAUUGGUGGCCGUCAGGAACGCUCUGCAGGGCGAUAAAAAUCUGGAAAACGUGACACACGAAGAGGCCGUGGCGACCCUGAAGGCGACCCAAGAUCGCGUUGUACUUUUGGUUGCCAAGCCGGAAAGUGGAAUCGUACCUCCGCCUCCUCCUCCAAUAGCAACGGACAAUUCUCUUUCGCCUCAGCCACGUAAGCAAAACGGCUCUGUGUCGGCGUUAGAGAACAGUACAGCAACGCUACCGUACUCUCAGGAAUCACGCCACGCGUCUUCCCUCGCCCUGCACGGCACCGGAACACCGCGGGCCGUUUCCCAGGAAGACGUCUCACGGGAAGUACGCACUGUCGUAUUGAAUAAGGGAUCAUCCGGUCUUGGUUUUAACAUCGUCGGCGGUGAAGACGGCGAAGGCAUCUUUAUCUCGUUCAUUUUAGCCGGAGGUCCGGCCGAUCUCAGUGGUGAAUUACGCAGAGGUGAUCAGAUACUGAGCGUUAAUGGUAUCAAUCUCCGAACAGCCACUCAUGAGGAGGCCGCCGCCGCCCUUAAGGGCACUGGUCAGACAGUGACAAUCGUGGUGCAAUAUAAACCGGAGGAUUAUAACAGAUUCGAGGCGAAGAUCCAGGAUCUUAAACAACAGAUCUCGCAACAGAAUGUGAUGACAGGCACCCUCAUGAGAACCUCCCAGAAAAAAUCACUUUACGUGAGAGCGUUGUUCGAUUACGACCCCAAUAAGGACGAUGGUCUACCGAGCCGCGGUUUGGCGUUCCGUUAUGGUGAGAUUUUACACGUGACGAAUGCCAGCGACGACGAAUGGUGGCAGGCAAGAAGGGUCACCCCUCAGGGGGAUGAGGAAGGUCUGGGCAUAAUACCCUCACGCAGGCGAUGGGAGCGCAAGCAGCGUGCCAGAGAUCGUUCUGUCAAAUUCCAGGGACACAUGCCGGUCAUCCUUGAUAAGCAAUCAACGUUAGACCGGAAGAAAAAGAACUUUUCGUUCAGCAGGAAGUUUCCGUUCAUGAAGAGCAAGGACGACAAGUCUGAGGAUGGCUCCGAUCAGGAACGAACGCCCACCACACCCGAGAAUGAGAACGAUCCUACUCCAUUCAUGCUGUGCUACACCCAGGACGACACUAACACUGAAGGUUUGUCUUGCGCUACAGGGAGUAGAGAAAUUUUGUAUCGCGUUCAACUGCCGUAUAUGGAGGAACUCACGUUAGUUUAUCUGGAACAGGAGGGCGAUGAGCCCAAUGACGAGCUUAGCAGCGAAGAAAACGUACUUUCAUACGAAGCCGUGCAGCAGUUGACGAUACAAUACACGCGUCCCGUGAUCGUUCUCGGACCGCUCAAGGAUCGCAUCAACGACGAUCUCAUCUCCGAGUUCCCUGAUAAAUUUGGCAGCUGUGUACCACAUACAACAAGGAGUAGAAGAGAAUAUGAAGUAGACGGACGAGAUUAUCACUUUGUGGCCUCUAGGGAACAAAUGGAAAGAGAUAUACAGAAUCAUUUGUUUAUAGAAGCCGGACAGUAUAACGACAAUCUUUACGGAACGUCUGUUGCAUCUGUGCGAGAAGUAGCUGAAAAAGGCAAGCAUUGUAUUCUUGAUGUGAGUGGAAAUGCUAUCAAGAGGUUACAAGUAGCUCAACUCUAUCCUAUUGCCAUUUUUAUCAAACCAAAAUCGGUCGAAUCUGUCAUGGAGAUGAACAAGAGAAUGACCGAGGAGCAAGCAAAGAAAACGUAUGAACGUGCCCUAAAGAUGGAACAAGAAUUUGGUGAAUACUUUACUGCCGUCGUCCAAGGAGACACUCCUGAAGAGAUCUACGGAAAAGUAAAGGAGGUCAUUUCCGAACAAUCAGGACCGAACAUCUGGGUUCCAUGCAGGGACCAGCAACUGUGACGUCCUGCCCCCCACGCUCAGCAUGGGCCCAACGCUUGGACCCUGCCACCGAGGCGUCAAGCUUAAUUAUUCACGAUAAAUACGAUUAAGUAACGCUCUAACGCCGCCCUUUCCCCAUGCCUCCCUCUCUCCCUUCAAUUAUUCCAUCAAUUAUUCAUGUAGCACAAGAUCCCUACUUAAGACGCGUAACGCGACGUAAAUUGCCGCAAGACAUUUAAGACGAGAUAAUACUUAAGUAGCGAAGUAUACAUGAUAUGACCCACUCACUUUCCCGCGAAAAAUUGAUAGAUCUAAAGUUAGUCCGGAUGCGUAUGAUUUAUUCUUUCCGAAAUCUAGUGGAAAAUCGUCGAGGGAAACGAGGGGACUGGGCACACGUACGCGUGCUCUUCAUGUUGAAUUUUAUCGCGACCGACAUUUUCAAUAAAAAAAAAAGAAAGUAACGGAAAGAAAUUCGUAAUUUUUAUCAUAUGACCGUCGAUUAUUUGUGUGUGAUCGUCUUUAUUUUUAUUAAUUAAUCUUGCGAACUAGAGGCAUUGUACAAUUGCUCGAGAAACUUACAAGAUACGCCGAAAUCGAAUCAACGGGCAACUCGAAACAGUUUUUUCGAAUUGGAGAACUCGACCGAAGUGAUUAUCGACUGCGAAAUGAACUCGUAUUCGGUCAUAUUCUCGAGCACAGUAUUUUUUAAUGUACUUAAGCGCAGUUUUCAAUGCGCCGAGAAUUCAUCGAGCGAACUCGAUGAGUUUGACAAAGUAGGAGAGACGCGGAUAGGCGAAAAAAUUAUAGCCCCAGCGACGUUGUGUAUGUGUUAACGCGAACCUCACGAUUAUAACAGAACACAGAAAAAAUGCAGAAAAAAAAGAGAAAAGAAACCUCACAGGACAAAUCUUUAGCUGCUAGAUACACAUAGCGAUAUAUAAUGUUUUGUACAGCUAGAUGACUAAGCCAGUAACUGGGUUAUGUGCAACAUUAUAUUUGCGAAAUUGGCGAUGCGAAAAACGAGAAAAAAAGAGAGAGAAAGAGCAAAAAAUAUUAUUGUAAUUUAAAUAUCAUUACUAAAUUAUUAUUAUAUGAUAGUAGGUAUGUGUAUUAUUGUAAAUACAUAUUAUACUCGCGCAUGUAAUAUCGAGACGGAGAGACGUAACAGGCGGAGAAAAGGGAUCGAAGAAAUUUAAAGAAAGAAAGAAAGAGAGAGAAGAAGAAGCAUGGCGACUUUUUCUUCAUAUGCAGCUCAGCUACACGAUAUCAUUCAAUAUCGUAACGAAGUGAUGAAUUUUCGCGCCCAUUAGUCGCGUUCUCGUAAAAAUUUUCAGCGCGAGUGUAGGUAGGUUUAUGACGCUCCUUUGUAUCUUAAGAUAUAGUUCUUGGCACCGGAUUAGUCGCUGAUCAAACGUGGGAGAUUAACUUGCACAAGUUUUCAGCGGAACCGAUGCAAUUGGCAUAAAGACAGAAAGAAGAUAGAAAAUCAAUGAUGUACUUAUACAGUCGCGGGAGAAAUAUAAAAGACGUAAACGGAUGAAGCUGCGGCGGUUUGAAAGAAAAAAAAAGAAAAUGCAGAUGAUCUCGGUCAAGUUCCGUUAUGGAGUUAAUACCGAAGAUUGAUUUUCUCAACAAUAAGCGGAGAUUUUUCAUCUAUGAAUUCGUAUUCAGAAAGCGAUUCUCGUUAAUAAAAUCUCUCGCUUGGCCUUCAUUCGUUUAUUAAGCUAUGAGCUUGCGGUCGCGUGCACUACAUCAAUGCUUUAUCCGCUUGCUUCUUCCGUUUCCGUAGCAUUAAUCGCGCGAAAAAGAUAUAAUAAUAGGGUUCUCCCAAUGGAAUGUAAGCGGGAAAUCGAAUUGUUACAACACGAGGUGUUAUUACGACAAUUUAAUUGUAAUAUAGCUGCAUUGUCGUGAUACACGGAUAUGCGAGUUGCGAUCACAGAGAUGAUGACGACGACGAUGACGAUAAUGAUAACAAUGAUGGCAUAAGCACGUGCGGGUCGCAAGGCCAUGACACGCGAUGAUUGCGCGGAAUAGAGCUGUUCUUUUUUUCUCCCUUAUUUCGUAGUAAUAUUUACUCGCGAGGAAUGAUAAUAUUGCGCAGAUACGCUUUCGGGCUAUUUUUUCCUACCGCGAGUCCUAGACUAUUAUCAUUAAGCGCAUCACAAUAUGAGAUAGAACGAGAUAUGGAGCGACGAGCUUCAGCUUGCUGAAAGACAGAAGGCCUGGGCUUCGUCGAGUUGUCGAGUGAUGUCUGUCUCGAUGUAAAAGACCGUAUAUAAAGAGAAUAAUUACCGCAGACACCUAUUAUACACCUCUAUAGUCUAUUUAAUAAUAUUACUUAUUGAAUUGUCAAUCUCAUGUUCACCUUGUUUCAUCGUUUUUAAAUAGUUAAUAAACGUUUUACCAAUUUUA